GCAAUGUCAAGCGGCGGCGUCAUCGCUACUGCAGGCGCCCAGCACCUGUCACAGCCGCCCCGGGAGGCACAGGGCUCGCGGCCCGCCGGGGAGCCGGAUGGGCAGCGCCAUGGAGCCCCCCGGGGGCGGGUACCUGCACCUGGGCGCCGUGGCGUCCCCCGUGGGCACGGCCCGGGCGCUGCAGCUGGCCUUCGGCUGCACGACCUUCAGCCUGGUGGCCCACCGCGGGGGCUUCGCGGGCGUGCAGGGCACCUUCUGCAUGGCUGCCUGGGGCUUCUGCUUCGCCCUGUCGAGCCUCGUGGUGGCCUGUGAGUUCACCCGCCUCCACAGCUGCCUGCACCUGUCCUGGGGCAACUUCACGGCGGCCUUCGCCAUGCUGGCCACGCUGCUGUCGGCCACGGCCGCGGUCAUCUACCCGCUCUACUUCACCCGGCUGGAGUGCCCGCCCGAGCCCGCGGGCUGCGCAGCCAGGGACUUCCGCCUGGCGGCCAGCGUCUUCGCCGGGCUGCUCUUCCUGGCCUACGCCGCGGAGGUGGCCCUGACCCGGGCCCGGCCAGGCCAGGUGGCCAGCUACAUGGCCACGGUCUCAGGGCUCCUCAAGAUCGUCCAGGCCUUCGUGGCCUGCAUCAUCUUUGGGGCACUGGUCUACGACAGCCGCUACGGGCGCUACAUGGCCACCCAGUGGUGCGUGGCCGUCUAUAGCCUGUGCUUCCUGGCCACGGUGGCCGUGGUGGCCCUGAGCGUGACGGGCCACACAGGGGGCCUGGGCUGCCCCUUCGACCGUCUGGUGGUGGUGUACACCUUCCUGGCCGUGCUCCUCUACCUCAGCGCCGCUGUCAUCUGGCCUGUCUUCUGUUUCGACCCCAAGUACGGUGAGCCUGGGCGGCCCCCCGACUGCCCAAGAGGCAGCUGCUCCUGGGACAGUCAGCUGGUGGUGGCCACCUUCACCUACGUCAACCUGCUCCUCUACAUUGCCGACCUCGCCUACUCCCAGAGGAUCCGCUUCGUGCCCACCCUGUAGCUCUGCAGGAAGCCGCUGCCCACCCGCGCUCUCCAGGGGCUGCGGCUCCGUGAGGGGACCCAGGUGAACCCAGAUCCCCGGGCAGCAAGCUGGAGGGAGGCAACCAACUGAGCACUCCUGGAUUUCUGGCUCAGCAGGGGGAGGAGGGGGAAGACGAGCGGAUCAAGGCCCCAGAGGGACCCAGGCGAGCACCUCCCCGCCGGCAGCUCCCAGCCGCUGUCUGCCUCUCUCCUGCUGCGCACAUCUCGUCUCUGUCCGUACCUCCCGUAGCUCCGUCUGUCUCUCCCCGUGUCCUGGCCCUCCCUGGCUCAGUGCUACCCACUGUAACGUGAGAAGCCUUUGAAGCAGGUGCUGUUGUGACCCACUUUAUAGGUGGGGACAGCAAGGCGAGGAUUUUGGAGGCAGCCUCACGUGCCCGGAGACCACAUUCGGGCCGUGACCUAAGUGGAGUUGACAAGGGGACGUUUCCCAGAGGUGUGUCAGCAGGGUGCUGCUGCGGUGGGAGUCUGUGCCAGCUCAGAGAGGAGCCGGGACUUGGGACCCCAGCGUGCCCACCUCUGAGUGGCUGUAACAAGAGCAGGACUUGUGGUGUGGUCGCACAGGGCGGCCUCAGCAGGCUGGGGACAGUGCCGGGGGCCGGCAGGGGCCCGCCGCGGGUGGGCAGCCCCACGAUGAGCCCAGAGUGCUGAGGGGAAGCAGGGCGCCCGCCCGGGUGAGUGAGUGCCCACCAGGCGCCACCGUCAGCCCCGCACAGCAGCUCCUGCGGUGCCCGCUGUGGGCCCCGGGGAGGCUGGCUGGCACGGGGCAGCCCUGAUCGGGGAGGGCCCAGCCUGGGGCGGUCAUGGGGCCGCAGAGCCUGGGCACCGAGCACCCCUCUGGUACUCACAGGCCUGUGACCUCCGAGCAAGCAUCGUUCACCUGGCCGCGACCACCAGGGCCCACCGGGCUGUCACCCGCCCCGCUCUAGCCAGCCUCUCCUGCUCAAGAGCUCAGAUGGGGCCACCCCAGAGCAACCUGCAGGGAAGCCCCUGAGACGGCAGUGGCCUUGAGCGGAAUAAAUGCCAGUGUUGACUUGCA